AUGGGAAGCGGGCUGUUUCAAGUGGUUCAGGCUGUGAAAAGAAAACCUAAAUCCAAGGCUAUAACGAGAGAAAAAGCACCAAAAUUGAUAGCUGAACCUCGAGAACAACCGUUGCCCAAAGUAAACACUGAUGAUCAAACCAUGGUACCAGGUGUUGAAUCUAAACGGCGUCGAACAGACACUGCGGAAUACAUUAAAAAACGCUUUUUAUAUGACGUGGAAGAUGAGGCUAGACGCUUGAAAAAUCGAAAACCGCGUGCGCCCAGGCUGCCUACCGCUACUGUCUCAGCCCCGCGCAGAUCACGUCUGCAAAUGAAGCAAGGGUGGCACAAUCGUACCCCAUCAGAAGAGGGCUUAUUACCCUUGCGAAGUCGGCGUGGUCGACGAGUCAAACCAAAGCAAGAUUACAGUCCCAUGUCACAUGAAAACGAGGGUUCACCAAAUUACGCUGUAGAACAGGCUUCUCCCCGGCGUUUAACAAAGAAACGACGAGGGAAGCGGGGUCGUAGAAAGCAAGUUGUACCAGAACCGGAGGUUCACCAGAGGCGAUCUACCUGGGAGUUGCCGGAUUUGUUUAAUGCGGAUGAUAACGAUCAAAUGGACGAACUCUCACAGGCAGAGUCUAGUAUAAAUGAUGCACACAAACAAAGGUUCCCCGAUACAACGGAUUUGCCAAAUUAUUCUGAUGUACUGCUUGAUAGCAUUCCUAGUCGGACAACUAUUCUCGGUGGAACCUUUGACGACCACGAUCGCCGGAAACGUGCUCUGCGUGAACACUUGCGUCGGUGUGAUCAAAGGAAGAUUCGGCACCGGCACCCUGCUAGUCCCAGCCUUAUUCAAAAAGGAUCAAAUGCUUUCCAUCACGGAUCGCUGCUUUCUCCUGGUCACUCCUCAGACGCCGAACCACAUCCUCAGGACGUAAUGGAUUUUUGUACCGAACCGACUGCAGAUCAAUUCAGGCGAAGACAAGAGUUCGAUGAGUUCGAGCACACGGAGGAUGAGUACAUCCAAUAUCCUGGCUCCCGUGCGCCAUCUGAGGAACAAAAUCAAACACCACACGAAGAACUAGAGGAGGAAGAGCUGCUUGCACCAGAACUUUCACUUUUAGCUGGGCAGUCGGGGUCUUUAUCAAAUUGUGGUGGUAGUCGUCGGAAGUCUCCUGUUCGUCCGAUGCAAGUACUGCGUACUAAAUCCCAUUCCACUGUUACGUCGGGUCCACAAGCUCCCAUCUUAGUCAGCAAUUCAGAUGAGAAUCCGUUCAUUUUUCAUUCCACUGUGGCUACUGCUGGUGGAUACAGUAGGCAACAUCCUGGUGGCGAUGAUUAUAUGCCAACUGUAUUCCAGUCGACAGUUAUGGAGAAGAAUUCUGAACAGACUAUUGGCGAAGCCCAUUUUGGUUUGAAAGCGGCCUCAGUUCUACGCUUACCCAGUUCAUCCAACACUGGGGCAAGCGCAAUCGCUAUUCGUUCGAUACCGGAACACACCCUUCAACUUCCAGUCAGCACAGAGUGCUAA